GUUACUGAGCAACGGAGGGAUCGGCGGUGCCGCAUGAUGCCAAUAUGGCACCUCUGCUGCCCCCUGUUGGUACGGAGGUUUUCAGACGCUUCACGCCAGCCUCACUGGAGGAAAUCCAGCGACGAUUUGAAGCCGAAGAAAAGGAGCGAGAAAGGAGAAAGGAGAGGAACAUCGAGAUAGCAGAGGAGGAUCUUCCAAAGCCUGCCAGUGACCUCGAGGCCGGGAAGCCCCUCCCCUUUAUCUUUGGAGAUCCUCCCCCUGACCUUCUCAACACCCCAUUGGAGGAGCUGGAUCCCUUUUACCAGUCACACAAGACCUUCAUCGUCCUCAGUAAAGGAAACGUUAUCUACAGAUUUAAUGCUGAACCUGCCUGUUACCUGCUGAGUCCCUUCAACCCAUUGAGGACCUUCGCCAUCAAGAUACUCAUUCAUUCUUUAUUCAGUUUAUUCAUCAUGGUGACGAUUCUGACCAACUGUGUGUUCAUGACAAUGAGCGAUCCUCCACCGUGGAGCAAGACUGUUGAAUAUGUGUUCACUGGAAUCUACACGUUUGAGGCAACAGUCAAAGUACUGUCGCGAGGAUUUUGUGUCGGAGAUUUCACCUUCCUCAGAGACCCCUGGAACUGGCUGGACUUCAUGGUCAUCAGCAUGGCGUAUCUAACAGAGUUUGUCGAUUUGGGAAAUGUUUCUGCUUUGAGGACGUUCAGAGUUCUUCGAGCCCUGAAGACCAUCACUGUCAUACCCGGUUUAAAGACAAUUGUUGGAGCUCUCAUCCAAUCAGUGAAGAAGCUGGCUGAUGUCAUGAUCCUGACGGUGUUCUGCCUCAGUGUCUUUGCUCUGAUUGGUCUACAGCUUUUCAUGGGAAACCUGAGGCAAAAAUGUGUCCUGAUUCCACCGUCACUUAGGAACCUCACGUCAGACCUUGUCCUCGAGACAGAUUUCCUUGGUAACGACACCCAUAGCAACAACACAGGAAGCAGUGACUUUGAUUACUACGAGUUUGUCAACAAUCCGGACAACUUUUACUACCUGCCUGGAAACCGUGAUGCUAUGCUGUGUGGAAACAGUUCAGAUGCUGGGAUCUGUCCGGAUGGUUACAUCUGUCUGAAGGCAGGGGGAAACCCAAACUACGGCUAUACCAGCUACGACUCCUUCGGCUGGGCGUUCUUGGCUCUGUUCAGACUCAUGACCCAGGACUUCUGGGAAAACCUAUUCCAGCUGACUCUUCGAGCAGCAGGUAAAACCUAUAUGAUCUUCUUUGUGAUCGUCAUCUUCCUCGGGUCCUUCUACCUCAUCAACCUCAUCCUGGCAGUGGUUGCCAUGGCGUACGCAGAGCAGAACGAGGCCACCAUUGCCGAGGCCAAACAGAAGGAGGAAGAGUACGCUCAGAUCCUGGAGGCUCUGAAGAAGAGAGAGGAGGAGCAGGCGGCCAACAAGGCUGAGCUCCUAGAAAAGCAAGACUCAACACCACAGGAGAGCUCUGAGCAAGACCACACAGGCAUGGAAGGUGCACAUGACUUUGAGGAGGACCAGAGGCCAUGUCCUCCAUGUUGGUAUGCAUUUGCUAACAUCUUCCUGAAGUGGAACUGUUGUGGGUGUUGGCGAACGGUCAAACGGUUGCUUUACAUCUUUGUCAUGGACCCAUUCGUUGACCUCGGCAUCACCAUCUGCAUCGUCCUUAACACUGUCUUCAUGGCCAUGGAGCAUUACCCGAUGACGGAGACGUUCGAGGAGCUGCUGAGUGUCGGGAAUCUGGUCUUCACAGGGAUCUUUACAGCUGAGAUGGUCCUCAAACUUCUGGCCAUGGACCCGUAUUACUACUUCCAGGUGGGUUGGAACAUCUUUGACAGCAUCAUCGUCACCAUGAGUCUAGUCGAGCUGGGAUUGGCUAACGUUCAAGGUCUUUCUGUGCUGCGCUCCUUCCGAUUGAUGCGAGUAUUUAAGUUGGCCAAGUCGUGGCCAACCCUCAACAUGUUGAUAAAGAUCAUUGGGAACUCGGUGGGAGCUCUGGGGAACUUGACUCUGGUUCUUGCCAUCAUCGUCUUCAUCUUCGCUGUUGUCGGCAUGCAGCUGUUUGGAAAGAGCUACAAAGACUGCGUCUGUCGCAUUGCAGAGGACUGCGAGCUUCCUCGCUGGCACAUGCACGACUUCUUUCAUGCCUUCCUCAUCAUCUUCAGGGUCCUGUGUGGCGAGUGGAUUGAAACCAUGUGGGACUGCAUGGAGGUCGCAGGUCAGACUAUGUGUCUGAUCGUCUUCAUGAUGGUCAUGGUUAUCGGAAACCUGGUGGUCCUGAAUCUGUUCCUGGCCUUGUUGCUGAGCUCAUUCAGUGGUGAUAAUCUGGCAGCUACAGAAGAGGAAGGAGAAAACAAUCUGCAGAUUGCCAUAAACCGGAUCAGCCGGGCUGUGGCCUGGGUCAAGGCCUGGAUCCUGGAACACAUCCAGAUUCUAUUGGGAAAGAAGACCCAUGUCAGCCCAGACAUCACUGUUGCCUGUGAGGAAGAUGACAGGACAACAAAGGAGGUUUUAGCUUUGACCUUUGUAGCCUCCGAGCAGCCGGUGUCAAACGUCACAGCAACCAGUUACCAUGACAACCUGACCAGCAACUACCACAACAUUGCUUCCCUGAGGGUCCCCAUCGCAGAGGCCGAGUCCGAUUUUGAGACUCCUGAAACUGAAGAUGAGGAAGAUGAGGAGGAGGAUGAAGAUGAUGAAGAGGAUGAAGAGAAGCACUCCCAAGGUGACGAGUCGUCAGUCUGCAGCACUGUACAGAAACCUCCUGAAGUCCCAGUGGACGAAGACGAUGCUGAUGACGAAACAAACACACCUGAAGACUGCUGCAGUGAAAAGUGUUACAGUCGCUGUCCCUUCCUGGACAUAGACACGUCCCAAGGCAGAGGGAAGGUCUGGUCUAACCUCAGAAGAACUUGUUUCUCCAUUGUAGAACACAACUACUUUGAGACAUUCAUCAUCUUCAUGAUCCUUUUGAGCAGUGGAGCUCUGGCCUUUGAGGACAUCUACAUGGAGCAGCGUCGCGUCAUAAAGACCAUCCUGGAAUACGCAGAUCAGGUGUUCACCUACGUGUUUGUGGUGGAGAUGAUCCUCAAGUGGGUGGCCUACGGAUUUAAGACCUACUUCACCAAUGCCUGGUGCUGGCUCGACUUCCUCAUCGUAGACGUGUCUCUGAUAUCGCUGACAGCAAACAUACUGGGAUACUCUGAGCUGGGAGCCAUCAAGUCUCUGAGGACGCUGAGAGCUCUGAGGCCUCUCAGGGCCCUGUCUCGCUUCGAGGGCAUGAGGGUGGUGGUGAACGCCCUGGUCGGAGCGAUCCCGUCCAUCUUCAACGUUCUGCUCGUGUGUCUGAUCUUCUGGCUGAUCUUCGGCAUCAUGGGCGUCAACCUGUUCGCAGGGAAGUUUUAUUACUGUUUCAACGAGACGUCGGAGGAGUAUUUCCUGCCUGAGGAUGUCAACAACAAGACGGAGUGUCUGGCUCUGAUUCAGGACAACUUCACUGAGGUCCGCUGGAAGAACGUCAAGGUCAACUACGACAACGUGGGAAUGGGCUACCUGUCUCUGCUGCAAGUGGCAACAUUUAAAGGCUGGAUGGACAUAAUGUACGCUGCAGUGGACUCCAGAGAGGUGGAGUCUCAGCCAAUGUAUGAGGACAACCUGUACAUGUACCUGUACUUCGUCUGCUUCAUCAUCUUUGGCUCGUUCUUCACUCUGAACCUCUUCAUCGGUGUCAUCAUCGAUAACUUCAACCAGCAGAAAGCAAAGUUGGGAGGGACAGAUAUCUUCAUGACAGAAGAGCAGAAGAAAUAUUAUAACGCCAUGAAAAAGCUGGGCUCCAAGAAACCUCAGAAACCUGUUCCACGACCAAAUAAUAAGUUCCAGGGUCUGGUCUUUGACCUGGUCACCAAACAGUUCUUUGACAUCUUCAUCAUGGUGUUAAUCUGCCUCAACAUGGUGACCAUGAUGGUGGAGACGGACGAGCAGAGCGAGGAGAAAGAGACGAUCCUGUACUGGGUCAACCUGGUCUUCAUCGUGGUCUUCACCACUGAAUGCAGCCUGAAGAUCAUCGCUCUGCGGCAGCAUUACUUCGCUGUUGGCUGGAACAUCUUUGACUUUGUGGUGGUGAUUCUCUCCAUUGUAGGUCUCCUCCUUGCUGACAUCAUAGAGAAGUAUUUUGUCUCGCCCACACUGUUCCGUGUGAUCCGAUUGGCUCGCAUCGGUCGGAUCCUUCGGCUGAUUCGUGGAGCAAAGGGGAUCCGGACGCUGCUGUUCGCCUUGAUGAUGUCACUGCCAGCGCUCUUCAACAUUGGCCUGCUCCUCUUCCUCAUCAUGUUUAUCUUCUCCAUCUUUGGCAUGUCGAACUUCGCCUACGUGAAGAAGGAGGCCAUGAUCGACGACAUGUUCAACUUUGAGAGCUUUGGGAACAGCAUGAUCUGCCUGUUCAUGAUCACCACGUCGGCCGGCUGGGACGGUCUGCUAAGUCCCAUCAUGAACAUGCCGCCGGACUGUGACCCGGACAUUGAGAACCCGGGAUCUCCGGUCAGAGGGAACUGUGGAAACCCGGGUGUGGGCAUCGUGUUCUUCACCACCUACAUCAUCAUGUCCUUCCUGGUGGUGGUCAACAUGUACAUCGCCAUCAUCCUGGAGAACUUCAACGUGGCCACGGAGGAGAGCUCCGACCCGCUGUGCGAGGACGACUUCGAGAUGUUCUACGAAACCUGGGAGAAGUUUGACCGUGAUGCCUCACAGUUUAUACAGUACAGUGAGCUGUCAGACUUCUGUGACACUCUGCAGGAUCCUCUGAGGAUUCCCAAACCCAACACUAUCAAACUGAUCCAAAUGGACCUUCCUCUGGUUCCAGGAGACAAGAUCCAUUGUCUGGACAUCCUGCUGGCACUCACUGCACAGGUUUUGGGUGAUUCGGGGUCGAUGGACGCUCUUAAAGCCAGCAUGGAGGAGAAGUUCAUGGCCAACAACCCCUCUAAGGUAUCAUAUGAGCCAAUCAGCAGCACCCUGCGGAGGAAGCAGGAAGAGGUGGCGGCGGCGGUUAUCCAGAGGGCGUACAGGAAACACCUCCUGCAACGGACCGUCAAACUGGCGUCCUACAAAUACCGAGAGAGGACGGAGGGACGGCGAGAGAAGCCGCCGGAGACAGAAGGACUUCUCUGCGAACGAAUCAGUCAGCUGUACGGAAGCCAGCAGUCGGAUUCAGGUGAGGAUCCUCCUGCCCGGGUGGAGCUUCAGAGCGAGUUUCUUCUCCAUGCCGCUCCUCCAAUCCACACCUCUGCCAUCCUGCAAGACGAGAACCUGAGGGAGUCAGUGGUGUGAUGGUGAAGGUGUUGCUCUGUGGACUCACCUGUGGAGUGUACCUGUCGCAGCAGACUCACCUGUCCGUUAGCUUCAGCUUCUGUACCGACUCAGCAGCGAAACUGAGACAUUGGCACAAAGUGUGACUGACUGCAGAUAGAAAUCUGCUGCAAGUUGCUCUGUUCUCUGCUCUUCUUCUAGCUUCAUAUGAGAAUAUUCUUCUUGUUCUGUCUGUUCCGAGUUGUUUGGGGGCUUUCGCGUUCUAACAGAACCCAGGUUUGUAUGUGACGUUUAACUUACAGAUUAACCUGAUUUAACUACCUGUCAAGAUUGUUACUAAUACUUAAUAUCCAGCUCUCUGUUGCUGAUCAGGUGAUGAUUUCUGAGUCGGACUGCUUUGACCAGAAAAUUAUACUGAUGUACUUUCGAGAUAACAAAUCCUGUGAUGUUUCAGACAGAAUCAUAUGCAUCUUUGAUAAUUACACAAACCAGAGUUUUGUUUUGUUUUUUUUGUCUGACAUAUACUGGGUGAAGUUUGUUUCCUGAUUCUUAAACAGCAACGAUUCAGAAGAACCCCAGCGAAGCCCAACAGAACUGACAGUCAAUAAGACGGCAGCAUCGGAACAAACAGGUUGAGGGACGAUUUCUGCUUAUUUGAACAAAACUCUGAGCACAGUGAACACCUUCUCCUGAUGUCAUGCAACAGUUCGUCAGUCUCCUAAAGGUUCUCGACAUCCACUAAAAAAACUUCAGAGAACCUGUCUCUUCGUGUCUUCCUCUGAUUGGCCAGUUCAGCUGCAGGUGUUUUCUUUGACUGAGGCUGUAACAGGUGCGUGACGAUGAGGUAGGCCAACCAAUGAGAGCUUGGAAAGGUCGAGCCAGCAGCCAAUCAGCACCACGUCAGACUGAAACUGAACCUGGUUUUCAGCAGGUCACGGACAGUGAAGUUGACCAACAGGAAAAAGCUGUGACUGUGAUGUCAGCAGAGGUGUAAAAUGUUUUGUCUGUGAGUCAUGUGACAUGAAUUCGGCAACAAAAUAAAAAUAAAUUCUUCAAAUACAACAAAAAUAUUUCUGAGGAUUUACAUUAGGAAAAGAAAUUAAUCAUUAAAGAUUGAUUUUACUUCCUCAGAGCUUUCUUUCUUUCUUUCUUUCUUUCUUUCUUUUUUCUUUCUUUCUUUGAUGUGAAAAUGGUUCACAUGUGGAUUUAGUUUUCCUGUUUGUUGCACUUCUGAAAGUUUGCACUGAUGAAGAUCAUGAGUGUUGACGUUUCACUGCAGCCAUUUAUUCAGAUACUGGAUUUUAAUUCUGCAUUUGCAUGAGUUUACUACAACCUUUGGAAAAUCUUUUUUUUUUUCUUUUUUGGUUCAACUCAUGAAUGUGCAGCAAUUGGUUUAUUUUUUAUUUGUAAAUAAAUUUUUUUUAAAACAAAUCUUGUUAGUGUUUCAGAUGUUUGAGGGAGAUGAAUAUUUGUGACAGCAUGAAGAAAACCGUGGUGCUCGAUCUCCAUAGCAACUGGUGCUGUGGAAUCAGAUCUCCAUGGUAACUGGUGCUGUGGAAUCAGAUCUCCAUGGUAACUGAUGCUGUAGAAUCAGAUCUCCAUGGUAACUGAUGCUGUGGCGCUAAUCUGGUCCAGGUUCUGUUCAGAGUUUAGAUUAAAUCAGACGGUUCCCUGAUGAUUUUCUUUGAGUGAUGCGGAUUCUCAGCUGAAGGAAAUGUUUUAUCUGCAAAUCUGUUGAUCACUACGCUACCAAAACCACUGAAUGAAGCAGCUACAGAAUCACACAUUGUAUGCAUCAUGUUGUCAUGGAAACCUUCAUGCUGCUGGUGUUCAUAUUUACGCUUGUACGCAUUUAGUCUGCAGCCACAGCUCAAGUUUUCCUUCAGACCGAUCUGUUAGUUUAAUUAUUUCUACAUUAAUAAACACAUCACUUCCUUUUGAACCUGUGGUCACAUUAAGCUGCUGCUGUCAAAAGAUGAGUUUAACUUGAGUGCUGAAAUCUCAUUAAAGCGUCUCCAUUAAAACAUAGCUGAGGCUGUAAUCAUGAAUGACAGUUUGGGAUUACAGGUGGCAUCAGCAUUUAAGUUUGUUCCUGUUCUGACUUUUUUAAACUGUGUGCUGCUGUCACCCCCUGCUGAAUGGAAUAAGAUUACUGUCAAAAGUAUUCAUCCACGAUUCUAACCAUUCGUAUUCGUAAUGUUAAACAUUUGUAUGUUAAUAAAAAAUUUGUACACAAAAUUCUGCUGUCAUAUGCAUGAGUUUGAUAAAUUAAGGGUUAGGAUUGUUUUUACGAGUAUGAACCUAAAAGUUGUGAGUGCAACUCUAAUUUCUACGACUACGAAGUCUUCCCUGUGAGGACGAAUUCAAGUUUAUGGGUACGAGUAGAAAAAUACUGGAAUGACGUCACAUAGGUCACAGGGGAAGGUAAUCGAACACCGAUUGCUCCAAACGCGCAUGCGCCAUUUAUAAAGAGUAGACGCCGGGUGGACCCGGUGGACCUACCGGGGCAGGUGACGCCUCACAGGUCAAGUAAAUAACACAUCCAACUUCUUGUAAUUUAUUUAUUUCAUGAAACUGUACUGUUUUAAUUGAUAUACAGUUUAUGGACGAAAGACGGUACUGCUUAGC